ACUGGUUUGUUUCAGGAGCAGAAGAAGCUUCUCUGUCUUGGCAUUACUGGACCUGAAGGACAUGUUAUAUCGCACUCAGAAGAGGUAGAGACUGAGGCAGUGUAUCGGGCCAUCACCAUUGCCAAACAGUCCAACUGCCCGCUGUACAUUACCAAGGUAAUGAGCAAAUCUGCUGCUGAUGUCAUCGCCAAAGCCAGGAAGAAAGGCAUGGUGGUGUAUGGGGAACCAAUCACAGCUGGCCUGGCUACCGACGGCUCCCAUUAUUGGUCGAAAGACUGGGCCAUAGCUGCUGCCUUCGUCACAAGCCCGCCCCUUAACCCUGAUCCUUCGACUCCGCAGUACUUGACCUCCCUGUUAGCAUGUGGAGACCUCCAAGUAACCUCCAGCGCUCAGGCCAGCUUUUCCACCGCUCAGAAAGCUGUUGGUAAAGACAACUUCACUUCGAUUCCAGAGGGAACUAAUGGCAUAGAGGAGAGGAUGUCUGUGGUCUGGGACAGAGCAGUGGCCACUGGAAUGAUGGAUGAGAAUGAGUUUGUUGCAGUAACCAGCACCAAUGCUGCAAAGCUCUUCAGCAUGUAUCCACGAAAAGGUCGGAUCGCUGUUGGAUCUGAUGCUGAUAUUGUCAUCUGGAAUCCGAAGGAGACACGAAUCGUUUCUGCAAACACUCACAACCUGAACCUAGAGGUCAACAUCUUUGAGGGUUUGGAGUUUCGGGGAGUGGCAUCGGUGGUGAUCAGCGGCGGACGAGUUCUUCUGGAGGACGGAAAACUCAACGUGACCGAAGGUUCAGGACGCUUCAUUCCCAGGAAGGCUUUUCCUGAUAUCGUGUACAAGAGAAUCAAAGCCCGUAGCAAGAUGGCCGAAACUCGCGGUGUCCCCCGUGGAAACUACGAUGGUCCAGUCCAUGAUGUCAUCAGCAUGACUAAAUCAGUCCCACCCACCCCGACCACCAGGGGGCCCCCAUGUCCAAAAACCCUGACUGGCCCCCGAAAUCUCCACCAGUCGGGAUUCACCCUCGCAGGAACUCAGAUUGAUGACCACAUACCACGGCGCUCUGCUCAGAGGAUUGUGGCACCUCCUGGUGGACGAUCCAACAUUACGUCAUUAUCCUAAAACUGGAAGAAUGAAGCAGUCGCUGUGAGACUGUCCAACAGUCCUUACAAUGACUACUAGCGCUUCAUAAUAGUAAUAUUUCAUCAUGAACUCAAAUGCAACCCUCCAAACAACCCUACAGCUAGUGUUAAAAUCUUAAACUACUAAAUCCUAAAUUGAAAGCUCCUGAGUCGUCUAAUUGUACUUUUAUAAAGCUGUAGUAUUUCAGCUAGUAGAAAAUGACAAUGCAACUCGAUAAAUACCAGUAAGCCCUGCUUACACUGAACUACUUCACGUUUCUAAGAUAGCAGUACUCCAGCAUAUAAAAGCAUCAAGUACAACUAAGACUGCAAGUUACUAAACAAUAGGGGUGCAACGAUACACAAAAUUCACGGUUCGGUUCGAUACUUUGGU